CGGUCCCACUGCAUGCACAGCCACUCGCCAAAGCACAGCCACCAAGUGCUCAGUGCACACGUCCGCCCCACCAACCACGAGCCGAACGGAACAUCGAACACCUCUGUCACCUCACCACCCCUACUCUAGAAUGCUCCCAACCCGCAAUUAGUCUCCAAAACCUUCUCGCAUCGCCACAAAAUCACCCCGUGUGACAGCUCGGUUAAGGACCCGUAGUGAAGACUUAGUCUUUAGCUAUGUCGCCUCGGCAAGCUUCUCUGCAGAGAUACUAUCCAUACCUCAUCGCCGGAGGUGCUCUGAUCGCCCUGACCGCCGUAUCGUACCGCCUCUACACCAACCAGACCCAAUCUUCCCGCCGCUUGAGACGAUCGAAUGCCACCCGUCGUAGCGGUGCAUCAAAUUCCAGACGAAGGCAACAGAGCCGUGCCGCCGCCGCCACCUCCCCCGAGCCGGGAGGCGUCCUGAGCGAUGAACAGCUCAUGGAGGCCCUGAACCAGGUCGGAGACUUGACGGGACUUCCGCUGGAUAUUCCUGAAGCUGCGGCGGAGGCGCUCACAGAGACGGGGCAUGCGGCGCAGCAGGCCCGUGGUGCACGAGGCGCAGCUGCUGGUGGUGCGACUGAUCGGGAGCCUCGACCGGGGAGGAGGGACAGUGAGGCCGAGAGCGAAUUCUCGUUCACGGCGGAUACAAAGGAGAAUGCCGAGAAUCAGAACUUGCUGACGCUGCUCUACACUAUUGCCCAGGACACAGCGCAGCGGGAAUCCUACGUGCAUCGCGGCGUGACGUGUAACAAUUGCCAGAUCAUACCCAUCCGCGGAAUCCGCUACCGCUGCGCAAACUGCCUCGAUUACGAUCUGUGCGAAGUCUGUGAAGCCCUCGAUGCUUGCCAUCCAAAGACGCAUCUGUUCUACAAGAUCCGCAUCCCGGCGCCGUUCAUCGGUAACCCACGGCAUGCCCAGACUCCUUGCUACCCCGGCAAACCGCAGCUCAUGGCUAUGUCCCUCAACUUGGAGGCCAUGCGAGUGCUGGCGGAUGAGACCAAGUUUGAGCAAGUCGAACUGGAAGCGCUUUAUGAGCAAUUCAAGGUUCAAGCCGCCUCGGAACACAACGAUCCCAAGUUCGGAAUUCAUGGCGCCAUCUCUCGAGAUACCUUUGACAAGUGUUUCGUCCCCAACACUUACCUCCAUCCACCAGCACCAAACUUGAUUUACGACCGCAUGUUCCGAUUUUACGACACGAACGGUGAUGGAAUGAUCGAUUUUGAAGAGUUCGUAAUGGGUGUUGCCCUGACCAACAACAAGAGCAAGACUCCCGAAAAGCUCAAGCGCAUAUUCGCCGGCUACGAUCUAGACGGCGAUGGUUACGUCGAGCGAAAGGACUUCUUACGAAUGUUCAAAUCCUUCUACUCGCUGAGCAAAGUGCUAGUGAAAGACAUAGUAGCGUCACUAGGCGACGAGCUCUACGAGCAAGGCCACAUGGAGCAAGCCUUGAACGGCCGCCAACCCAUCUCCGCCGUCUUCACUUCCUCGAUCCCUCCGGCAAGACGCACAUGGGAAAAGCCCGCAUCAGCACUCGACGACUCCGACUCAGAGGCCGACUCCUCCUCGCCCGUGGUACUCCCUAGUUCUAAGGACCACAUGGCGGCGGGCAAGCUGCAGGAAGCGUUGGACGCCUCGGCGCUCUCGCCUUCCACUGCCACGGGCCGCGACAUGAUCGAGACUAAGAGGAGAUCGGACUUUUGGGCGCCCAUGGACGCUGACGAGUACGAUCUUAUGCUCCCCGAGGAGGAGAGGGACGUCGGUAGUGAGGUCCUGUUCCAUCUCGCCAUCCGCGGAAUUAAUGAGCUGCUGGAUCUCUUGUUUAAGGAGAAGGAGUGGGCGGCUGUUGAAGCAAGAAUGGAGGAUGAAGUCCCGACGAAGGAGGAGGAGAAGCAGCCUGAGGAGAAGCAGCCUGAAGAGAUGCAGCCUGAAGAGACGCAGCUUGAGGAGAAGCAGCCUGAAGGUAAGGGUCAACAGCCCACGAUCGAGCCAUCCGAAACCGAAACCAAAGACCAGGCCGUCCCCGCCAAAGACGGAGAAAAGGAAGACAAAGACAAUGCCGAAGCCAAUGCCGAAGCCAAUGCGGAAGCCGAUGCGGAAGCCGAUGCGCAACGGGAGCGUGAAAAAGAAGAGCAAGACAAAAAAGAUAAUGCGGAAGCAACUGCGCAACGGGAGCGUGAAAAGCGUGCGGCUAUGCGGGCGGCUAUGCGCGAGGAAAUAAAGGAGCGUGGCGGUGAGGGACGUCUCAACUUUGACGAGUUCAAGGCGAUCAUGACGGGAAGCGGGGCCCCGGGACUGGACUUUGUGGGCACGUGGACGGAUCUGGCUGGCUUCUAGCAGUUGCUAGUUGCACACGUAUGUACUUGUACCUAGUUGGUCACUUACUUGCAAUGCUGUUCUGUUCUGUUCCCCGUCUGGCUUGUUGGUGUUUUUUUUUGUUCUUAACGGAGUUGGAGUGGGUUUAGUUUACGUUUUGCUUUUGGGGGAUGGACUCGGAGGGGUGGUGACUGUUGUGCAUUGUAUGAUACGAUGUCGGGGGCUGUGAUAAUGGACAUGACGAACGAGUAGAUGGCUGGUGGCUACUGCCUGAUAUUUUAUACC